GGAGACGGAGGUGGGAUGAGAGGGAAAUAAAAGUUUUUUGAGAAAAUAAAAAAUUUAUUGUACCGACUAAAAUACCACCAUUAACCAGUUAAGGAUUAGGUGACAAAAAGAAUUUGUUAAAUACCCCCCGUUUUUUUUCUUUUACUACAUUACACGGUAAUGAACUUAAGUAAAUGGGAAGCUGACUAUAGGAGCACUCCCUAGAAUUUUCGACAUUUUCAGAAGACAUUCCCCUGCGUGCCGCGCCUUGGCUGCUUCUCGUUCAACUUCAUGUCCUCGUUCCCGAGCCCGCUGCAAACUCAAACUCGUUCCCAACAUUCCCAAGGUGACGUUGCUUCGCCAUUCCCCAAUGUUCUCCGCGAGCACGAGAACUGUUUGUGUAAAUGCCUCAAUCAAAUUUGCUCUGUUCUAUCCGGGAAUUUCACUGAUGACACCCCCAGCUCCAGCACCACUCAGCUCUCGCCUACCUUAAAUCUCAGUCACGAGUACAGUCUCGCUUUGCAGAACAAUUCUUACAAUGAGAUACGACACAUGAUUGAAGCUCAAAUGCAAGUCGAGAAUGUGAUUGAGGGCGAGGUUACAGAUACCCAUCACUUGCGUUUGUCACCGGUACUGCGCCCCAACAGAGAUUGCGUCCACCAAGCUCUUCUCCACACAAAUCCCAAUGCUACACUCACUCACUUGCUUUCUACAUACUUUGAUCACAGCGAAAAUAUCACCACUCUUUGCCUCAUGCUCCGCCAAUGCGUAUCUCGUGCUCGUACCCUGUAUGCUCCUAUUACUCAUCUUCUUCAAGACUUCCCUUAUGACCCAAGUUCUAUCCAUAUCUCGCAAUGUAACUCCGCCAUUGAUGUUUUCACCCAAUUCGAUAGCCUUGACAAUCCUUUCCCAUCUCCUGAUUCCCAUGAUUUCAACGAAAUGCACCACAGUUUCUCCCAGCUCAAGGAGCAGCUUGAUCACCACCGCAACAAAUCCCUUUCUAGAUUUCGCGUCUUGCACCGUGCAACUUCUGGCUCUGCCUUUUGCUUAAUUGGCACUGUUGUUGGAGUUGCCAUUUCGGCCGUGGUUAUCUCCACUCAUGCCCUGGCUGCCUUUGUAGGCCUUGUCUCUACCUCACUUUGUCCUAUUUAUGUUCCAAGUCAUCUCAAGAAGAAACAGCUUGCGCAUAUGACUCAACUGUAUGCUGCUGCCAGAAGUGGAACUUUUUUCCAUAUCAAUUAUCUUGAGUCUAUUGUCUGCCUUGUUGACUUGUUGCAUUCUGCUGUUAAGGGCGAUAGGGAGCUUAUAAGAAUUGCAUUGAAAAGUAGGGACAUAUAUCCCAUCUAUGAAGUCGUGAAAUAUCUCCGCAAUAGCCGCAACAAAUUUUUUGACAAGCUCAAAGAACUUGAGGAUCAUAUAUACUUUUGCUUUGAUGCUGUCAAUAAAUCCAGAGCUAAUCUGGUUGACCAGAUCCAUCCUCAUCAAUCUUCUAAUUCAUGAUCGUUUGGUACCUUCUUUUUUUCCUAUUUACACUUUAUAUCAAUGUGUAUUUCUGUACUCUCCUUUGACUAUUGCUACUGGCCCUUCAUGUUAAACGUGGGCUGUUAUGAUUCAUUCCUUGUGCCUUUAAGAGCCGUGGAUUGUGGAAGCUAUACUUAGUACGUCAACCUUGUCUUCUUGCCCUUAUUUGACCUGAGUGCAAGCCAAAUAACAGGUGGAAUGCAGGAGGCAUUUAAGAGCUAAUAGGCUUUCUGGAUUUUUGUUCAUCAACUGGUUAAGUGAAAGAAUCAAACAUGGAAUUCCUUCCAAACUUGGUCAAUUGGCCUUUCUCAAGAGUAGUUCGCACUGCCUAAGAAGUAAUAGAGGUUGGCCUUAAGAGGUUCCCUUGAUAUGUAAUCGUCUACCAAUUUAGAAGGGAGAAGUUGAGAAGACUUGGUGCCCUGACAGGAAAAUAUGGUUAUGGCUUUUGCAGAUUCUCCUAUUGAGCUGAAUUAUAGUAAUUCCAGCAUCCCAAACCCUUCUGAUACAGUCAACUUACAACGCAGACUUCGUCACUAGAGGAAUUCUUUGUAACUCCUAUUGGGUAUCAUAUAGAAGAAUAUGAGAUGUUCUUUGUUUACAAUUAUCUUUCUGCUCGAAACCUUGAAACUUCCAUUCAUCACAAGCUAGUAACAAAUACUUUUUUUUUUAUAUAAA